GCUAGCAUCUAGCAUCUAACCUGCUAACUCAUGGCUGAAUUAGAUAUUGGGAAACAUUGUGAGAUUGAUUCAUGUCAUCAGCAAGAUUUCCUUCCCUUUGUGUGUGACUCUUGCAGCGGUGUUUUCUGCCUUGAACACAGAAGCAGAGAAGCUCAUUCAUGUUCAGCUGAGUCGGUAAAAAGGGAACCUCAGCCUGCAGGCGGCAGCACCAGCUAUCCGUGUUCAUUUGAAGACUGCAAAGGAAAAGAACUGCUGCCUGUAAUCUGUCCGCAGUGUGGAAACCAUUUCUGCUUAGCCCAUCGUCAUCAAGAUGAUCACAAGUGUGAGAAGCUGGAAGUCCAGAAGCCUCGAAUGGCAGCGACCAAAGAGCUGGUGCAGAAGAUCGUGGAGUCAAAGGCUGGAUCCAAAAGUAAAGGGCGCAGAGGAGCGAAGAACAGCGCGACUGCAGCGAAGGUAGCGUUAAUGAAACUGAAACUUCACGCUGCAGGAGACAAAGGACUGCCUCAGACUGAAAGAACGUAUUUCCAGGUGUAUCUUCCUAAAGACUCUAAGACCUCCAGCCAGCCCAUGUUCUUCUGCUCUAAAUGGAGCGUGGGCAAAGUGGUGGAUUACGCAGCGUCUCUGGCAAGCCUGAAAAACAACAAUAACGUGCUGACAGCGAAGAAGCUGCGGCUGUGCCACCCUCAGACAGGCGAUGCUUUCCGGAUGGAUGACACCUUGCUCUCUCUGCUGGCUCACCCAGACUCUCCCUUGUAUAACGGGGGUAACGUGAUCCUGGAGUACCUGGACAAUGAGAGCGCCGGCCUGGACGACGUUUCAGACUAUAUCUCCGUCACCUGACUCACCGACAACAGCUGAUGCACUGAUGAUCGUUUUGUAUUUCUAUCAAUAAAAUAUGAGGA